CUUCAUUUCGUUCUUGGUCUUGUAAGAUCUUUAUUAUGGUUCUCAAUUCUUGUGAGUAAAUAUAUGCAUUUUAAAAAAUAUAAUCAUUUGAUGCGAUCCAUCUAUUACUUGAAAUCUGUCCCAAACACUUCCUCUAAUAUAACAUGUUUAUUGUCAUUGUCCAUGGCAUUGACCAUUCUCCUUUUUUUAACCAAUAAAGCCAUAACUUCAAAUUAUUAUGUUGGAGAAACAAACAUCGUCGUACCCAGGGGCGAAGCUACGUCAUAGAGUAGGACUGCACGUGCACACACUAUUAUUUAGGUUUUGAAAUGUUUACAUUAGAGAUAAAAGGGAAAAUAGCUUAAUCAGUCAAGGUGCACCCGUAACUUUUGAAGAACCUGAGUUCGAUACACCUAUUUUAACUUAUAUAUAUCAUUAUAUUUAGUUAUUUAAUUUAUGUGCACCCAGUAAUAAAUAUGUCUGGCUUCGCCCCUGGUCGUACCCCACCCAAAAACUAGUGUGCAUCGCCUCUGCCUGCUAGGCCAUAGGCCAGACUCCAACGUGCAGGAACUCACCUCUGCCCCACUGAGUCUGCCUCACCACAAAUACUAUUAUAUUAUAUAUAUAUAUAUAUAUAUAUAUAUAAAGCAAGGUUGAAUUAUCUGUGGAUUAAGCAAAGAACUUAAAUAUCUUGAAACGCCAAACAGACGUUAGACAUAUUCAAUUUUAGACAGAUGGAAAUAUAUUAGAACUAAAGUAUGCAUAUUCGAAGUCUUAAGGCAAGUAUCAGAGGUUCAGAAAUAGACCCUCACUACCAAUAUAGAAAAGUGGUGUCUAUGAACUCCAACUGUUUAAAUAAACUCCAAAUCUGAAAUCAGGACAAAAUUCUAAGUCAUAAAUAACGCCAUUCGAACGGUUAAAAACUGGUAUGAUUAAGAUUUUUUUAAAAAAGUCAAUCCACUGGUCAAAGGUCAAAAUCAAAGUCAACCCUUGACCAAAUUAGAAUUGUUAGUAUAAAAUAAUAAUGAGUUUUAAGUUAAUGGAUGGUAACUUAAUAAAAUUUAAAAAAUCUUAAAAAUUAAAUACAUUCUAGGACAAAAAACAGUUGUCAAGUUUUCAAUUCUUCUUCUAUAUAUUAUUUUUCAAUUUCCAACAACAAAUCUUCAUUUCUUUCACUUUCCAGGUUUAUCAUUUAUAUAUUCCACAAUUCCAUAAACUUUUAGCACAUUCCAUUUAUAGUUUUGAUCCAGAAUUUCCAUUUUUCUUUUCUUGAGCCCAAACUUGGAUUGCUUGAAAUUAAAUGCUGAAAAUGCAAACUUUUUUGUUGAUCACUCCAACUCUUUAUAAACACAGUAUCUCUGCGUUUCUAAACUCUUCAUCCUCUUCCAAACAGAAAAUGGCGUCUCUGUAUAAUCAAGCACCUUCUGUAUCAGCAAUUUUCUCCCUCUACACAUCAUUCUCUGCAAUAAUGAUGCUUUUCCGCACAAUCUUCAACGACAUUGUGCCUAAGCGAAUCCAAGAUCACAUCACUGGGAAAGUUGUAGACUUCUUCUUCUCGUCUUACCUUCCGUCAAGGUUCACUUUUGUGAUCGAGAAAGAAUGGGACUCGGUUGAGAACAUAACUUUCCGUGCGGCUGAAGUUUACUUGCCAACACUUCUAUCAGGACUCUCCACCGGAAAUAUCGUUGUGGGUUCGAGUAAUCUAAAGAAUCCAGAGGCUCAGCCGAAACUAGGGAUCCCUAUAGAUAUAAAUAUCACCGACGAGUUUGAAGGGAUUUAUCUUGAGUGGACUCUACACUCUGUUGAAACUAAGAAUUCUCCCUACGAGAAACGGUUCUUUCAUCUGACAUGUGAGAAGGAGUUUCGUAAGAAGAUAAUGACAGAAUACUUCACAUACUUGACGAAAUCGGCAGACAACAUACUGCGCGAGAGUCUCAAGAUCUACACUUACGACAGGCCAAAUUCAUGCUGGUUGUCCACCAUUUUCGAGCACCACACGACCUUCGAGACCCUAGCCAUUGAGUCGCACCUCAAGACCAGGAUAAUCGACGAUCUUGAUGCCUACUCUCAAGGAAAAGACUUCUUUAAAAGCGUGGGACGUGCCUGGAAGCGUGGAUAUCUUCUUUACGGUCCACCGGGUACUGGAAAAUCCUCUAUGGUGGCUGCUAUUGCUAACUACAUGAAGUACGAUAUCUAUGAUCUCCAGCUUCAAAGCGUUAGAGACGAUGGUGAGUUGCGGAAGAUUCUCACCUCCACCCCGAACCGGUCAAUUCUUCUCAUUGAAGACAUUGAUUGUGGAUCUGGUGCUUCUUGUAAAUGCCAGAUCAAGGAAACGAAAGAAGAUUGUGAGCGGGUAUCUUUGUCUGGUCUGUUGAACUUCGUAGACGGGCUUUGGUCGAGCUGUGGAGAAGGAAGAAUUAUAAUUUUCACAACCAACCACAAGGGGAAGCUCAAUCCAGCGUUACUGAGGCCAGGAAGGAUGGACAUUCACAUUCUCAUGGGUUAUUGCACACCCUUUGUGUUCAAGAAGCUUGUGUCUUUGUACCUCAAGAUUGAUGACCAUGUCCUGUUUGAUCCCAUUGAGAAGCUCGUCCUUAAGGUGAGUGUAACUCCGGCUGAAGUCACACAGCAGCUCAUGAUGACUAAGAAUGCUGAUAUUGCACUCAAAGGUCUCCUCGAAUUAUUGGAAGCGAAGACAAUGAAAGAGGAAGAAGAUUCCAUAGAGAUUGAAGAUGGUGAUACUAGGAAGCUGAACCAGAUGAAGAAAGAUAAGUAGAUAUCUAGUGCCAUUGAUUAUGUAUUGAAGACUACUUAGCAGUAACUCAGUAUUUCAGCUCCUUUGAGAAAUAAAAACCAUUUCUUAAGACAGUUUAGGGGGCAUAGAGUUUUAUAAUUAAAUCUUGUUUUUUCAUUUAUAUAACGAGUACAUGGAAAGAGAAGGCAAUAGCUAACGACAGAUGCAUUUAUGUAUGACUGUGGUUCUUUUUCAAGACACCUGGAGUCGAACAACAAUGCAAGUGAUACUGUCGCAGCUACCCCGUGCGUAUGCUUCUUCAACCAGCUUUCUUGAAGCUGUGCAUCUGUAAUGCCACGGCAUCCUGGAAAAAAGGGUAGUUAGGUCUAAGUUCUCUUGGAGGUGGGUUACGCACACCUAUCAAUGCCCGGUCCAACUUAUUCAAGGUCCAUUAGCGGGGCCCAAAACCAAAGUGCUAACCGCAGAAUCUAUAUUAUAAUAGAUCAGUUUUUGCUCACUCUUCAGCGCACCACGUCAUCGUUUUGUGGGCUCCACUUUUAAAAAGUGUAAAAAAGCGUCAAGCUCAUGGCUCGAACCCGGGUUAUUGAAAUAUAAACACCAACAUUUAUACCACUAAGCAAACUGAUACCUUUGUACAUUGAUGGCCGAACCUAAUAUAUAUUUAUGAAGGUCGGAAGCCCUUGCUUCUUCGGCUUCUUCUGAGGGUCGGACCUAAAAAUGUGUUAUGGGUUUUAUUUUUAAAUGGGAUUCAUCACGUUAUAUGAAAAAAGCUUAAGUUUGCAACAAUUAUGGUUUUCCUAUAUUGUAAACUGUUGUACUUUAAUAUGAGUUCUUUUCAUUAUUGUCUCAAACACGUCUGAGUUACAGAGUUGCGCCGUGUGUAUGUUCGUAAUCUAUUUUUUCACCGGUGAACUCUUCAUGUCCCCAUCUUAAAUCGCUUGAUCAUAAAUGUUCCUGAUUUGUAGCCCCUCUGUAAACCAUAUAUAUAUGAUUCUCAUCUUUGAUGAACCCAAUCUGCAUCUCCACAAAACUCAUUGAUUCCUCUUAGCUUUAACCAUCUUGUAGAAAAUAUUUCUCUCUGCUUCUCCAGUUCGUCAAACCGGCGUCCCGGCAUCCGUCACUCAACCUUCGAGUCUCUCCGUCUUGGUCUUAGUAGUCAGAGCAUAGCCCUGGCUUCCUCCGCUUCUGGGAUUCCCUGAACUUCAAGAAAGACAGAGAGUUUGUGGGAAUCACGGUUCUUUUCCUCGAUGAAAAGGUAAGUUAAUCUUCGAUCUAUCACACUUAUUUAACAUAAUUGUUUUAAUUUAUUUCCUGAUUCU